GUGUGACCUUAGUCCAGUUUUAGCCACAAAGAAAGCUGGCAACUCUAGACAUGCAUGUCAUUUGGAAUGUGGAACUGGAGAACUAACGGCUUGAAAAAAGUGAAAUACAGUUGCAGGCCACAUAUAUCUGAUUCUGCAAACAAGGUUUAAUCUGGGCAUUUCCUUAUCAAAGUGCUAUGGCAUCCUGUAGCAUCAGAAGGUAUGAGGAUUCAGACUAUGAAACUGUGAGGGAUAUCUUCACUGCUGGACUGAGUGAGGUCCGCUCUGCAAUAGUGGUGUACAUGCUCAAAAAAAUACCUUGCAUACUGGGACUCGUGUUUGUGUUAUGUAUCUUGUUUCUCUGUACCAGUUCCUUCCUCCUGGCUGUACUGGGAAUUUUGCUGUUGGUGGUGUUUUUCCGACAUCGAGUUAUUGAUGGAUGCAACCAGUAUAUUCUAAGCAGCCUUGAUUCUGACAUGAAGUAUAUUCAUCAGUCCUACCUGGAGAGUCACAAUUCUUGUUUCUGGGUAGCAGAGUCAGAUGGAUGUAUCGUCGGUAUAGUUGGCUGUUGCCCAGCAUCAGAAACAAAAGAACAUCUGGACCUACGACGUAUGUCUGUAUUAAAAACCUACAGGGGCAGAGGAAUUGGCAAGUUACUAUGCAGGACUGUCAUUGACUUUGCGCGACAACAAGGUUAUAAGGCUGUUGUUCUAGGUACCAGUAUAGUGCAGGUACCAGCCCAAAGAUUAUAUGAGAGUACUGGAUUUAUGAAAUACAAAGAGACAAGUUUUAAAAUACCUUUAAAUUCUGUGAUAAAUCUAGUGUUAAACCUUCCCAUUUAUCACUACAGAUAUAAUAUUCCAACAGUACCUGUAGAAGGGAGGGCAUGCAUGAUGUAGGAAACCAUUUUCCUGCUCUUGAGAACAUAAUGCUUUGGAAUAACUCUUAUCCUAGUCUUUUUAUUAAUGUAACAUACUAUUAGAUGCACAAAAUCAAAAAUAAUUGAAUGUUAAAAACAGACUGUAAACAGUUGUGUCUGAGCCUGGAGUUCAGCUAACAGGUAAGUUUAAUGAGUGUGUAGGUGAUUUUGAUAGCAGUUAAAAGCUUCUGGGUCCAUUCAAUCAGUCCUGAAAUCUUGCCUUCUGAAUUUGAUGCUAUCUUUAUAUAGUACAGUUUCAUAUUCCAUCUAAUUUCUGAAGUUACAUUGAAACAUGUGAAGUACCAACUCUGUCUCCUGUCUUUGUCCUGUUUCUCACCUUCUUAUCCCUAUUUUAUAUUCAGUGCCUUCAUCUUAUAGCCAUCACUUUAUUACUGAAGUGCUUUUGUUUAUUUGAGUCCUAGGACUUAUGAAGCUAGUGACUUGUUUCCAGUCCUCCUCAGUUAUGUGAGACCAAAUGCAGUCUGGCUGAUCUACGGUCUAAUGCAUGUGCUAAAGCAAGACCAGUACAUCUCAGCGUUAUUUCCUACUGAAACAAGUAUACUCAAAAGUGACUUCCAUCAACCAUUUGCCUUCAUUAUGUCACAUAUCACUUUCAUCUCCUGUCUUUUUCACCCCUUCCCAUUCCUCCUUCUCACUUCUGCACUUUCUGUUUCAUCGACCCUUUCUUACUAGAUAAAUUCCUUAUCCCAUCCAUAUUAUUUUCUUACCAUAUUCUCUUCUGUCACUUUAUUGUAGCUGUUGCAUGUUUACUUGACUUAUAUUACUGUUUGUUUCUGCUUACUGAACAUUGUUUAUUUACUAGUUCUGACUGAUAUGAAACAAUAUUUACCUGCUUUAUUUUAGCAUAAACACUGUCUUCCUUCCAUCUCUAUUCCCCCUUUCUUGCAUCCUUCCAACACUCUCUCCUAAUAGUGCUAUUAGUCCUUCUCUUCCCUUGGGGGGGUUAAUUUUUUUACUGAUAACAAUCAGGUCACCAAGACAAUGAAGGUAUCUUGCCCGAGCUGAAUGAAUGACUCCUGCUGAAGUUAGCAUCACAUUUGUGGGUCCUUGUAUACCCACCUCCAAAUCCAUCCAUCCCAGAGACUUUAAUACAUUUAUAUGUAAAUAGUCUUGUAUCAUUUCAGUCUCUUCUGCAGUAUAAUGACUGUCAGCAGCUCACGCCAACAGUAAUCACAUUUGCCUGUUUUCCUCUCCUGCUAUUUGUCUCUCUUUCUGCCUCUCUCCACCACAUGCACACAAACACACCUCUAAGGCAUCUUCCCAAUGGCCUAUAUUAAGUCAUCUGGCAGCUAGUUAAGGUUACUAUUUCUACUUCUAACUUCUCAAAGCAGCUGUAACUGCUUAACGCAUUAACAGUACAUCCCAUAAUAAGGUAAAUCAUCCCAAUUGAAUGGUAUGUACUCGUACUACUUUUUUCAGUAUUUUACAUUAUCUCCUUCCCCUUGAUCCUUACAUACAUACACUUUUUUUUUUCUUUUAACAUCUUUAUAAAUAUAGCUUAAGCCAAACAUGGUAAAAUUUCCAUCUGGCCUCAACAGCUAACAUGUUAAGAGCUGGUCAACGUCGGUAUGUUUAUGGUUGAAACAUAUAUUGCUAAAAUACUUCCAAACAAACUCAAAAUAUAAUUGCUGUCAAACUUUUGAACAAAAACUGCCAAAUUAUUGGAAAACUCAAAAACAAAGUUACACCUUGAAAACAGGAGAUGAAUGUUUAAACCCCAGAUCCUGUUUUAAAAUCAAGUUCUAAUGGAUCAUAGUAAGACUUUAUAGACUGAAAAUAUAGUCUAAAUCUGCUACAGCUGAUAUGUCAUAUUUAUACAAUAAAGCAAAUGAUUUGUAUUCAUUAACUGAUCACAUUUCAGUAGAUCUUUUUUGACCCAGUGAACAUGGCUAAAGUUAUAUGAUCUAAAUCUGGGACUUUCCACCAUGAUACAGUGUAUUCUGAACUGCUUUUUAAAUGCUGAAGUUGACUUCCAAACCACUGUCAUUUUUGUGAUGUUCAUACAGCGGGAGUCGGGACAUUGACUUUUCUUGAAACUUUAACCAGAGUUUGGUAAUGCAACAUCUACAACAAGUCUGUUUUAUGAUCUGUUUUGAAAGACACCCAGAAUUACUUGUUGCCAGUCUGUGAUAGUUCAUAAUUUUCAAAACUUUAAAUUUAUGAAAAUAAAAUUCUGUAUAACAUGACUGACUGGCAAAUCUAAAACCAUAAACAGAAGUCCAGCUUCCACCUUCUUACAAAGCUGGAGUCUGUACCAGGAUAAUAUGAAGUCAGUUUAGCAGGGACCAUGUUAACAUCAAAACAGAUCAUAAACAGAGUAUAAGUAACUUUGAAAAGGGAAUGUUUUUCAGUGAAGAGUCCAAUACCAUAUCUGGUACAGUUAUAAAGCGUUAUAUCUGUCCCAAAUGGAUGAGUGUAAAACUUUAUCACAUUUAAAUUUAAUUGCUAUUUUAUAAAUUCUAAUAAAUAAAUAAUACAUUUGGAGAGCAAAAUUAGAAAUAUCAUCAUAAAGUCUGUUUUAUAUUUACUGUGCAAUAUGUGAUAUUAAAAUGAAUAUUUUGCUGUUGCAUUAUCACUGAAAUAAUUUUGUAUUCAUUUUUCAUAUUAUCCUGUUACUGUUGGCUUUUGAUUUAUAUAUUCUGCAUACCCAAGUAUAGUGUUAUAUGCUAUAUGUUGCUUACAUCUGAUUGUUGUAGGAUUUUCAAUAAUCAAGUAUUUUGGAAAAAAAACUUUUUGAUGUGACUUUUCAGAUAAAAAGCAAGUGAGAACCA